GAAAAGCAGAAUAGUUAUACUAUGUACAUUAGAAUGAUGAUGUUUUAAACAAUAACGCCCAAAACAUUGAAAUACAAGCAUUUAAGGGAAUUAUAGUAUGCCAAAAUUAUCUCUGCAUUCUAUUCUGAUUUUACUUUAAACUCGUCUGUGCACGCUAGAGAGGAAAGUAGAUUCAGGAAGGAAACAAAUGAAAACAAAAUAUUGCGCGCAAAUAUUCAAGUGGUGUUGCUAAGGCCUGUUAAAAAUCAUAUGACACUGGUUUAGUUUAAGAAGACAUGAAACUGUGUAUGUUGGUUUAGCGCCACCAGGAAGGAUACAAUGGCCGGUUCGUUAUCUGCAAAGAAAACAAUUCCGAAGUUACACAAGAGUAAUGGAGAAAUGGAAGAGAAACAAAUAGCCUUUGGCACGCGCAUUCCUGGACCACGGGAACCAAAGCAUGCCAGGAAAUCACUUAAUAGAAGUGUCAAAUCACUGGGUGGCCAGGAUGUGUCGGAGGAGAACGCCAUGUUGAGGGAGAGUGUACAGAGACUAGACCGGGACCAUAAGAAGAUGGAGGAAGAGCUUGAGCGCACAGUGAAAGAUGCACACGAACAUCUUGCUACCAUGAAAGAUCUACUGGACAAAAAGGAACAAGCACAUGCUGCUCUCUUUGGUGAAGUGUCAAAGAAAAAUGAAGAUUUGGAAGAACAGUUAUCCAAGUAUGAGAGGAAGCUUGUGUCCAGUAACAUUGAUCCAGUGAGUCUGGAGAACAUGGAGCCAAGUGAUGAAGAUGCUCAGGCCAUCGCACAGAAGAAGGUGAUGGCAAAGGUGAAGGUGAAGGACAUGAGGGAGAAACUGAAGGACAUGAACCACAGAACACAGACCUACCUAGAAGACCUACAGAACAUGAAACGUCAACUGGAGGAGUUGGAGGACGUCAGCAGCCGCAUAACAAUGGGAGACGACUCUGAUGAAGAGAAUGUCGCCAAGAAGCAGGAGCCACCGUCAACACUGUUCUUAACACAGGCAGCAGACACCAGCAAAUAAAGCAGUGUACAGUCAUUUACAGACAACAUGCACCACACUUUCUUCGAUUAAAUGAAAAUAGUAAUUGCAGAUGAAGGAAAUAAUUACUGCAUGCUUUUUCUGUAAGAGGCAUUAAGAUGCUAGUAUGCAUGGAGACAGGAUCACUCACUUAAUAAUAAUAUCAGCAUCUGUACAGAAACAUCAGAUGAAAAAAAAUAACAAAGAAUUUGAAAUCCUUUAGAUGGUCCUGUCUCCACAGCAAUCCUCACUAAGGCUGUGCUUGGUCACAGUCAGUUCAUGAAAGUCUGCCAUGUUAAUAAAGAAAUUAUUAAAGAAAUUGGCAAUUUUUUUCAUAUUCCUUUUUGCUUUAAUUAUGGAUUAUAUUUUUCAACAGUGGAGGAAAGUUGUUUUGGUCAGUUCAAUAUUCUUAUUGAUUUAGUUGUAUUUUUCUUAUGGAAAUGUUCCUCGAUUUAUAGAUCUGUACUCAGACCAUUCAUGUUUUAUUUCUUCUGUUGCUGGUAGAAUAGCGAGAAGAGUUUUUCAUCUUUAAUUGGUGAAAUGUGGAUGUCCAUGUAUAGAAUAUCUGUCCAACAUUCCAUGUUGUCUGUGAAACAACAUGUUUGUACAUCCGUCCUAUCGAUUUGAUGUUUCUCAAAUAUUUACAUUUUCCCUACUUCCAAGUGCUUUAUCGCAAAAUUACCAUCAAUACUACUUAUUGAACACAUAUUUUUUUUCAAAAUCUAGAAAUGUCUUUAUGAGAUUGUUGAUAUUUAUACUUUUGUGCCUUAUCAAGCGGAUAUUUUAUUUCACUAUUUUUGAAAAAAAUGGCUUACAUGAGCAUCAGCAAAGAACUACUUAUCAAAGAACAAAGAAAUAGAAAAGCAGAUAUAUUCCCAAAAAUCGUAGGUGUUUUUCCCCUAAUGCAGUACAAACCAUUAGCAUGCCUGUUUUGAGAGUGUUACUUGGCAACUGGGAGCUGAUCUCAGCCUAGCAAAUGUUUCACUAUGGGAUGCUUAAUAAGACCACACCAAUUGUUUCUUGUAUUAUGGAUACUUUGGACCAAAUUGUCUGGAUGGAAACGUUAAACAUUUCCUGACGUGACGGUUAUCUACUCAGGAAACAACUUCUGCGACUCCAAGAAGCAAAACUUCUUUAUGCCGUCAAUCAGACCGGGGGGGAAUGUGGCCAUAACAUCCGAUGACAAAUCACCAAAAGUCAGUGAGCUUCAAUUCAGCUAUGUUUUGUGACCGUUGGGCUAUAGCACUUUUGUUGACAUUUUGCAAAACCAUACAAAAAACAGCAACAAGGAUCAAUUCACAAACUGUAACCGACCUCGUUUAGGCCAAGUUUUCAGUUACCGCUAUGCAAAAAUGAAGUGAUUUGAUUGGCAGUUACACCACAGUCAUCCAAUGAAAUUAUUUACACGCUGCUGAUGGCUAGACACAAUUUAGAAGUCUAUCAAUAUUUUAGUUUUGAUAUUUUGUUUGUUCUUCAAAAUCAGGGGAAAAUGAGUUUGGCAGAUCCGUGAUACAAGAAAAGAAAUUGGUCUGGUCACAUAAUUAUAUCAACUUUUCAGUAAUCACUGCUGAUUUGUAAAAUACCAUGGUGUGACAUAUUCAACCCUAUGUACAUCUCUAGCCCCGAUCAGCAAAGAGGUUGUUGGACUACAGCAUCUGCCAGUCUGUGUUUAACUGUUAAGUUUUGUGGUUAGGGACCCAAGUGUUAGGAAAAUUGAAAGGCUGGGAGGAAAUUUCUGAUGAGAUCGGAGGUGCUCAGUAUGUCGGGGAGAAGUGGAACAGCCUCAAGACAUUUGUUUUGGGGGGGACAUUUAGGAGGUUGAUUAGAGUUAGUGAAUAUUUUAUUAAUGUUUAUUCAAUGAAUGACUAUAUAUAACAACUACAGUGCCAUAUGUUUAUCAGUGCUUAAGAUUUCUAUGAUUGAUUUGUAUCUAAAAUCUGAGAGGUCAAUACUGCUAGUGAUCGCACUCAAAAUGAAAUACAUUUUUGUUGCUAAUAAAUGUUUCACUGAUUUUAACAUAAAGUAUUACACAAAUAUUAAGUUAUUGAGUUAAGAGAAUGAGGGAGAAUUUUUAUCUUUUCUCUGCAGUCGAAAAUUCACAGUAUCCAUCUGAGAAUGGUUUCUGAAGUAAUUGACAUGCAUUAAAGUCGCAUAUUCACAUAAGAUAAGCCAAUCAUCGUUGUGGAGCUAUUUGUGAAGAAUGUGGAGGAUGUAUUUCAUGGUGGUAUACUGUGACCAAUCAACUUUGUUAUUUUUUUAACAUUUGAUGAAACCGUAUCUAGUCUUUAUAAGCGAACAUUGUUUUGUGUCUUUUUAGAACUGCUUUAAAUGAUAUUUUCAAGUGUUUUAUUUUUCAUUUUGAUUGUUUCUUCUGUUUUUCAUUCAUGAUUUUAUUGUUGAUCAAUUAUUUUAUAUAAGGUGAAAUGUCAUGUGUCAUUGUGCAUCCAUCACACUUUGUUUUUGCACUGGUAAUCUAUAUGAAGAGGUUUAUUAUGUGACCCAUUCAGAGGCACUGAGGAAUGAAUGUGAGUGUGCUUAGCAUGAAAUAGCAUACAACACAGUCAUAAAUAUACUUUUUGUUAUUUUACUGUUAAGAUAUUGGUAUUAAUUUUUUGUUUCAUGUUAAUAAUUUGACAGUUAGAUGUCAUAUUUGUAUCAAUGAAUUGCAGAUUGAUAGAUACAGUCCUGUUAUUAAACCACAAAACCUUACAAUAAGUUUUGUAUCCCCUUUGUAUACAUCAUACACAAAACAAUUUUAUACUCAAAUUUGUUUGUUUAAUGCUACAUUAGAUUUCAAUGUAUCGUUUAAUAGAAAUAUUGUAACAUGUUUAAAUGUUUUAUUUUAGUAAAUAAACAUUUUCUUCAAGC